UACUGCUUAUUGUUCCUCCAAACCUAAAGAACCAGAAAAACAAAGAAAAAUGGAGAUGGCUUGCCUUUCCUUUGCUACUGACGUUUUCAUUCUUUUCUUCCUACUCUUCCGGUAGCGGUAAAUGUAAGCUGCUCUUCUUCUGAAGUCGACGGCUUGAUCCAGAUUUUGUUUCCUUUCAUAUCAGACCGCUAUAUUCAGCAGCACCUGUGGGGUUCUUGUUUGUUUCUUCCAUCCCUAGCUUUUAUGAUCAUCCUCUUAUAGUAGGCUAGGAGGAAGAUGGAAGAUUUGUACAGCAUACAUCCGGGAAUCCUGCGGGGAGGGGAUAUACCGGUCAUCGGAUCGGUGUCGAGCUGCCAGGUGACAAACGAGGCGUCGCAGGUGAUCGGCGGCGGCGGGGGGUCGGAUCUGACGGACAUGAUCAAAGCUCAAAUUGCGAACCACCCUCUGUACCCGUCUCUUUUAUCCGCCUACAUCGAGUGCCGAAAGGUGGGGGCGCCGCCGGAGGUGGCGCAGCUCCUGGAAGAGAUCGGGAGCGAGGGGCACUCGAGCACGGGUGGUGGGGAAAUUGGAGCGGAUCCGGAGCUCGACGAGUUCAUGGAAUCAUACUGCCUUGCUUUGGUGCGAUACAAGGAGGAUCUGUCGAAACCCUUCGACGAGGCUGCAUCGUUCCUCAACGACAUCGAGAUGCAACUCACCAAUCUGUGCAAAGCAUCCUCCGCCGCCGCCACCACAACCGCAACCGGAAACUCUCCUUCCGACGAAGUGAUUGGAACCUCGGAAGAAGAUCAAAGUUGCGAGGACUUGGAAUCAUCUGAAGGCCAAGAAUAUGGUUCACGUGUGGCGGAUUCUGACCUGAGGGAGAUGCUGCAGAAAAAAUACAGUGGCUAUCUGAGUAAUCUGCGCAAGGAAUUCUUGAAGAAGAGAAAGAAGGGGAAACUGCCGAAGGAUGCAAGGUUGAUAUUAUUAGAUUGGUGGAACACCCAUUGUAGAUGGCCCUAUCCAACCGAAGAGGAGAAGGCAAAACUAGCUGAGAAGACUGGCCUUGAACAGAAGCAGAUCAACAAUUGGUUCAUAAACCAAAGAAAAAGGCACUGGAAGCCAUCCGAAGACGUGCGUUUCGCGUUGAUGGAGGGUGUGAGUGAUGGAUCCAGUGGGACCAUGUUGUGCUUUGGCAGUAGUACAACUGGUACUUAAGCAACACCGUGCUCCUCUUUCAUUCUCUGCCCCUGCAAGCUGUUUUGUCCCACUGGCAACUUCUGAUGUCCAUGUGUACAU